CAGACCAGUUCUCAGGCUGUGUUUGUGUUCACAGAAGCCCUCGUAGCCGGGAGUUUAAACCCAAGAAGCCAGAUUUGGUUCUGAGAAAGGUGCGACAAACAGUUGUUUCAUGAAUGUGGGAUUGAUUUAACACAUCUUAAAGGAGAGUAAGAAGACGUUGAAUGUGUCUGAACUCAUCACUGCAAGGAUAAGACGGCUCACUACACCUGUGAGGUCUUAGCAUCUGGACCAUGUUUUCCUCCGCUGUCCCGUUCAAGAACCAGCACUACUCUGAGCUGAAGAAGAACUGCAUCAAUGACAAGACACUGUUCGAGGAUCCAGAGUUCCCAGCUGCCAGUUCAUCGCUGUAUUUUAGGAAAGCACCUCCUGGUUAUGUGGAGUGGAAACGACCAGGGGAGAUCAGCCCUGAGCCUCAUCUGUUUGUAGAGGGCAUCAGCGCCCAUGACCUGAACCAGGGAGUUGUGGGAAACUGCUGGUUUGUUGCUGCCUGCUCCUGCCUGGCUCUGAAGUCACACCUCUGGAAGAAGGUAAUUCCUGACCAUAAAGAGCAGGAGUGGGAUCCCAAACACCCGGAGAACUAUGCAGGAAUCUUUCACUUUCAGUUCUGGGUGUUUGGAGAGUGGGUGGAUGUGGUGGUGGAUGACCGGCUGCCUACAAUCAACAAUGAACUCAUCUACUGUCACUCGAAGGACAACAACGAAUUCUGGAGUGCUCUGCUGGAAAAGGCCUAUGCCAAGCUCGCUGGCUGCUAUGAGUCCCUGGAGGGGGGAAACACUGGAGACGCUGUGGUGGAUUUUAGUGGCGCUGUGGCAGAAGCCAUCGACCUGGAGAAAGAGGCUUAUUAUAAGGACCAGGAGAAACAAGACAAGCUGUUUGAGGAUCUACUGAAGGUCUGGGACCGUGGAGGAAUCAUAAGCUGCUCCAUUAAGGCACAACCUCAUGAGAUUGAACUCAAGAUGGCGAAUGGGCUGGUGAAAGGCCACGCGUACUCAGUCACCGCAAUGAAGAGGGUACGUUUGGGUCAUGGAUUGCUGGCCUACUUCAAGAACGAAACGAUUCCUAUGAUCCGCAUGAGGAACCCCUGGGGCCGGACUGAGUGGAAAGGCGCCUGGAGUGACACCUCCGCGGAAUGGCAAAAGGUUGGUGAUAUGGAGAGGGGCAACCUUGGCAUCGUGGUAGAGGACGAUGGAGAGUUCUGGAUGUCAUUCACAGACUGGUGCAAGCUCUUCACAGAUGCAGAUGCAUGCCGUCUCAUCAAUACAGCAAUGAUCAGUAUCCAUAAGACAUGGCAUGAGGUUGUGCACUUUGGGAGCUGGACCAAAAAUGCAGAGCCACUUUUAAACCGCUGCGGCGGCUGUGCUAACCACAAGCCAACAUUCCUGCAGAACCCACAGUACCUGUUUGAUGUCACAAAAGAGGCUGAUGAGGUCCUCAUUUCCUUGCAACAGAAAGACUUGAAAAGUCAAAGAAAAUAUGGCCAAGGAGAAAAUCUAAGCAUUGGAUUUGCUGUCUUCAAGGUGGAGCUGAACAGGAAGUAUAGGAUGCACGACAUCCUGACCCAACAGUGCGUGGAGACGUCUACCUACAUCAACGCUCGGGCUGUGUUCAUGAGAAGCACUCUCCCACAGGGCCGCUAUGUAAUCAUCCCCACCACCUUCAAACCUUACACGCUGGGGGAUUACAUGCUCCGAGUUUACACUGAUGUGGACUCAGGCUGCAGGGAGUUGUGUGAGGAUAAGCCCAGGGUCAGGUGCUGGAGUUCAUUCCUUGGCUACCCGCAGGCUGUGAGUCACGUCUAUGUCCACGCAGCCGAGGGGCUGCAGAACCAAGACAGUACAGGAGGUGCAGAUCCCUAUGUGAUCAUAUCCUGUGAAGGCUGGUCAGUACGAUCCACCAUCAAGAAGGACACCCUGCAACCUGAGUUUACAACCAGUGGCAUUUUCUACAGGAAGAAGCCCAGGAAGCCCAUAACUGUGGAGGUGUGGAACAGCAAUGCAGUGAAGGAUGAGUUUAUGGGCCAAGUGGUUCUGUCCGGUUCAGUGAAGGACACUUUUAACCCUCAGAGGCUUCAGCUGAGGAAGCGAGGACGGCAGAUGGCGGACGAGAUGCCCGGUACCAUCACCCUUAGGGUCGUCACCUCCACUCAGCUGACAGCCAUGUGAUCUAUCAGUGGCCUAAGAGAGGGCUGAAUCUUUUUUCAAUGCCAAACAAUCAGGUGAACAUCUUACUUGGCAUGUUGCAUCAACAAAGCACCAAAUACAGCUAUGGUUUGAGCUGUUUUGUGUCGCUAGAUGUCCAUGCUUGUAUGAUUUAACCCUUUUAUUUGUAAGUCGGUGAAUUGUUUGCAAAGCUGAGAGGUGAGCAGGGCGGACUGAAUGUCAGUUCCUUUCAUGUUUAUGCAAUUGUUCUAUCUUUACUUCUUUUAAAUCAUCUUUGUGUAACAUAAAAUAUUUUUAUAUUGACGUUUUGCAAGUUGCAUACGAUAUCAUUCCUGAUUUUAUGUUACACUAUAUAUACUGUGAGUCUUAACAUACAUCAGCUAUAAUUUUGUCUUUUACAGAAACAUUUAUGCAAAACAACUUACAAAAUGUACAACAGAUAAACAAUACAUCUAUUUCUUUCAUGCAACCUCCUUUCUUCUAUCAGUUCAUAUCAUCAUGUUUUAUUUUUACGAUUGUUAAGAAAAUGCAAAGCUCUGAAUGUCAUUAAAAACAUGUCA